GCAAAAUCAAGGACAAGAUGAAGACCGUUUGCUGGCUGUUACAGUUGUUGCUUCUGAUCGCCACCUUUGCGCAAUCGAGUUCGCUAUCAGAAUCGAAUUCGCUGUCAUUCAAUGAAGAUCUUACGACAAGCAGAAUCAUUAGCAGAAAGGUCGAAGGACUUUCUGAACCGCAGAAAGAAUUGGAAGAAUUAAAGGCGCUGUUGAAGCAAUCAUUGGUUUCGUCCGAAUCGGGAAAUGACACGGUUAACGCGACUAGCCAGAGACCUUGUCAAUGCACCGGUGGUAUUUGUGGAUGCUGCUCGAGAAUCUUGUACGACACGUGGAAGCAAAAGGCUUGUGUGAACAUCACAUAUGAUCCUGACGAGUUCAGUUUUACCGCCAACAUAAUGAUGAAUGACAGAGUCCUUUAUACGAGAACUGUUUCUGGCAAGAAUCCUAGGCCAAUAUGUGUUCCUGUUCCAAGGAUACCAAUCGUCAGAGCAUGCGUUAGAUUUUACAAUAUAUACUUUCAAGGCAGAAAUAUUCAUUUGUGUGUCAAUAUGGAGGGAAAGUAUCAAGAUACCGUAUUGUUUAAGGUUAGUUUAGACUGUCUUAGAUUCGGUUCGAACGGAUUAGCCCUCCUAAAGCCGGAAGACGGAGGUGGUUUAGGUCAAGUAGAAUUAUUUCCAGAAGAUUUGAAUGAUGAAAAUGAUUACGAGGACGAAGAUGAUGACGACGAUGACGAUGACGAUGAUGAUGAUGAUUUGUUCUAA